UGAUUUACAUUUUUUUGCCACUCCCCGUCGCCUCCUCCUCCUCCUCCUCCUCCCCAACCUCGCCGACGCGCGCCUUCUAGAAGCUUCGAAUCGCGAUCGGCGCCGCGCCGCCCCGCCCCGCCCCGCCUUGGCCGGCACCAGCUCCCAUGGUGGGCGCGCCCACCGGAGGAUAGCGAGAGCAAUCGGAAUCGUAGGGUUUUGGCGGCGGCGGCGGCGAGGGAGGAGGGGAUGAGCGGGGAGGUGGAAUGCAGAGUGUGCCACGCCAAGGUGCCGGUGCCGGUGGCGGCGGCGGCGGCGGUGUCGAAGGCGUACGACAGCCACCGGAGCACCGUGUCGUCGAGGCAGCGCGCGCUCAACGUCCUCCUCGUCUCCGGCGACUGCGUGCUCGCCGGUCUACAGCCUAUAUUGGUGUACAUGUGUAAAGUGGAUGGGAAGUUCAAAUUUAGCCCAGUCAGUGUGAACUUCUUGACUGAGAUUACAAAAAUUAUCUUUGCCAUUAUCAUGCUAUGUAUCCAGGCUAGGCGCGUAAAGGUGGGAGAGAAGCCAUUUCUCACAGUUUCAACAUUCAUGCAGGCUGCUCGCAACAAUGUUCUUCUUGCAGUUCCUGCUCUUUUCUAUGCUAUCAACAAUUACAUGAAGUUUGUAAUGCAGCUAUAUUUUAAUCCGGCAACAGUGAAAAUGUUGGGUAAUCUCAAGGUUCUGGUGAUUGCUGUACUCCUAAAAGUGAUAAUGAGGAGGCGUUUCUCCACAAUUCAGUGGGAAGCACUUGCUCUUUUGUUAAUUGGAAUAUCGGUUAAUCAGCUAAAAUCGCUGCCUGAAGGUUCUAGUGCACUUGGUCUUCCUGUUGCUGCUGGGGCUUACUUAUACACAAUAUUUUUUGUAACAGUUCCUGCACUGGCUUCAGUUUACAAUGAAAAGGCUCUGAAAAGCCAGUUUGAUACCAGUAUAUAUCUUCAGAACUUAUUUCUGUAUGGAUAUGGUGCAAUAUUUAAUUUCUUUGGGCUUGUGAUCACUGCCAUCAUCCAAGGGCCUAGUAGCUUUAAUAUUCUGGAAGGGCAUUCAAAGGCCACAAUGUUUCUUAUUUGCAACAAUGCUGCCCAGGGCAUACUUUCGUCAUUUUUCUUCAAAUAUGCAGAUACAAUAUUGAAGAAGUACUCAUCAACAAUUGCCACAAUCUUCACUGGAGUAGCAUCUGCUGUGUUGUUUGGUCAUAGUCUGACCAUAAAUUUUGUUCUUGCCAUAUCGGUAGUAAUUAUAUCUAUGCAUCAGUAUCUCUCAAACCAAAUUAAGGAUGAUGUUCCAAGCAGUAAAAUCGAGAUGCCUGAUUCGCAUGAGCACAGAUCGAAGGAAUCUGUAGUCGUUAACGUGUCUGAUUCUAUCGCAAGUGAGGCUAAACACCGGCAUGGUACCGAUGAGAGGCAGCCACUUCUUCCUGUAUGACCAAGAGAGACAAUUCGGCUUCCACACAGCAGGAGAAGCAGCAGCAUACAUCUUUUACCAACACAGAGUGCUCACUAGAGAAGUAGAGUUGAAAGUUCAUAACAGUCUUAAUAGCCUUUUUUUUUUUUUGACCUAAUGUUCCUGAAGCCACACCAGUCGCCAUUUUGAAGUAACUGUCGCAAGAAUGCCUCUGCCUAUUCAGUGGCGCGACCAUGAGUUUACUGAUAUAGAGUAGCGGGAUGGAUCGAGGAUAUAUCAUAGAUCCUGUUGCGUGUGAUGACACCUUUUUUACAAGCUUGAAUCGGGCCGCAUUCAUCCAUUCGUUGUGUUGGUUUAUAUAGGUAUAGAUAGCACACCCAUCUGCUCCCUUGUCUAGUUCAGUAAAGAAAACAUCAUGUUUACUUGCAGUUGUGUUUGUUGCAUUCAUAACAAGAGCUAGCUAACGGCCGGCGUCUCGCCGCCGACUGACCGGCCGGCCGUCUGCGAGCGGUGGUGCUAACUCUGCCGGAGGCGGCGAAGUCCGUACUGCUAAUGGAACACGUCCGAGGAUGUUUUGAGAGGAUCAGCAAGUACAUUUGUUUUCUAAUCGAUGGCACUGUUUGCUUUUGGUGUAACGAUUGACCAUUUGUUUUAUUCAAAAACUUAAAACAAAUAUACAAAG